AACCACAAUGUCAACUAUACUGACAGUUAUCAAAAAUGAUGUGUCAAAAAUUGUAACAAAAAAAAUUUCGAAAUUAAAAAAACUCAAAAAAUUGAUUAAAUUACCAGUGAAAUGCCCAAUACGAGGCGUCGGAGGUUCUCUGUACAAAAUGAGAUCGCAAAUAGAGAAAAUAAAUUGCAAAAUGGAUUGCAACCCAGCCACUCCGACCCCGAUUCCGAAUUGAAAGUGGCCGCCAACGUUGGCGCAACAAAAUCCGCUAAAGCUAAACCCAAAGUGUAUGCCAACAGCUCGAGAAACUCAACCUUAGAAAUAGUUGCUGAAGUUGAAAGUACAUCAUCAGUAGCAACUAUCAAAAAGCGAUCAUGCACAACAGUAGACAAAGAUGUCACUGCCAGUUCAAGUAAUAUCGCUCUUGAGAACGCAAUAAGAAGCGCUGAAGAUAUACAAGAAAACCCUGACCGAUCAAAAACAUCUAUAGCGGUCGAAACACAGAAGAAAAGAGAAGAGAGGCAACUGAGUAGAGAGAGGACCCCACUAAGAAGAGAGAAGCACCCGCGUCAACACCGCAUCAAAGUAAGAAGUCCCAAACGCCGGAUGGCAAUCAUAGAACAGCAGAACAAAGCCGUGGACAACUGUCGAAGAACAGCAGCCACUGCAGCAAUAGAUUGGGAUACAGAAUACGAACUAUCUAGUACAGAAAACGUUACUGCUGUAAUAGAAACGAAUGAACUUGAAGAGAGAAACAGUAAUCACUCUUUGGACUCUAUGUGCCGAAUUUGUCACAGUGGGGAGGCGUUGUCGCCCGAACUUGGCCGUUUGAUAUCUGCGUGUUCGUGUCGAGGCACAGUUGGUAGGGUCCAUGUGAAAUGUUUGGAGCGAUGGUUGACUGAGUCGGGGAAAUCCAGGUGCGAGUUGUGUGGGACGAGGUAUGUGACGCGGCGCGUGCAUAGGUACGGCGUGCCAAGGGCACUGGUCAUGUGGGUGUUGAGCCAAAAUGCUAAACAGCUAAUGGUGGACAGUCUCGGUAUAAUGCUGAUGUCUCCCCUCGCUGUGCUAGCCGCUUGGUUAUCGGGCCGCACUCUAGCCGGCCUCAUGACACAAGAGAGUCACGUGACCCCUUGGCCCCUAGCCUCCACCUUCGUACUCGCUUGCAUGACGCUUUGCUUAGAUUACCGUGACUGGGUGAUGCGUCGGAGCCGCACAGCUGACUCGUGGAGAUCCUUAAACUGGGUAUGCUACUACUGUUGGAUAGUUUCAGCGGCGACGAGGCAUGCUUUAGGCUGGUGGAUAUGGUACCGUUCCCAAUACGAAGUCAGAUUACAACUGCAAGAAAACGAAGACUAGCUGGCAAACAAAAAUAUAAAGAGUAUAAGUUAUUUUUUUAUACAAAUUAUUGUACCCAAAUAAUUUGUUGAGACUUUUAAUAAAUAUUGUCACUUUACUAAAGAUUUUUAUUUUAAUUUUCUGUCCAAAGUAAGAGCUUUGCAUA